GAGGAUAUAUGAAAAAAAAACAUCAAAAAGUUAAUGAAAAAGCCUAGCAUUUCCCACAAACAAUCUCUCCCUUUACCAUCAAACAACGACACUCUUUGAUCAAAAACAUCUCUUAAACAUAAAAGUUCACUACUACUUUCGCUUAAGUUUCCUACAAUAUAUACAUGAUAUAAAUUCUAACAGUUAUGCAUUCACCUUUUUAUGGCAUGAAGUUCUUGCGGCUAAUGAUGCUCUUAUGUAUACAAAAAGUUUAUACUGUUGAAAAAAUAUUUCUCAUGGCCACCAAGGCAGAGCGAAAGUACUGAAACAGACGAAUUUUCUUUUUCCACAUUUCUUUAAAUACCUAUGAAUGUUGGAUUGCCUUUGAAGCUAUGUUUCGACUACGACAGUAGCUUACUUUUCAAUGUACCAGCCGUUUCUUGAGCCUCCAAACAGAUAAUUAAGUGAUCGUAGGAUAGAUACUGUCAUACUGUUGUUUAUUAUCACAUUAUAUUGUCUGUUACUCUGUGUGGCCUUGACGCCUUGGAGGGAAGGACAUGAAUUAGCUAGGUAGCUAGCUCACAAGUUGGCUAAUCCAGUACCAACUAUGAGAUGUUGGUAGAAGAUCAAUUUUGUUAGAUAAAUUGUCGUCAUCUAUUCUCCCCUUGUUGUUGGAUAAUUUGGCUUUGAAAAUUUUCAAUUCGUAAGGUAACGAAGAGUACUGUCUAGUCACCUUUGAUCUAUUGGACGAAUAUUUGACUCACGUCAAUUGUCAAUUCGUUACCACAAUAUGAAAAAAGAGUCUUUAAAAUGAAGGAAAUCAACGGAAGUAGAAUUUCCAAUCCUGACCUUGAAGACUUAUAACUAGUGAGAUUUCAUAUGAUAGUUUCAUGGUUAAUUACAUGAAAAUCUUUUGUGAACAAAGCUCACCUAACCACAAUUAUGUAUGUAACAUCUUGUCACUAUCUAUAGUAUAUAUAUAUGUUUCUCUCAAAGGAGGAGCAACAACAUUCAUAUCAAGGGCAAUUAAUACGACAAAUAAAGGAAAUUAGAUGAAAUUAGACAAGAUAUUGCAAUAGUGCGAAAUUGAAAAAGGGAUAUUAUGGCAGGAUCAGUUGUUUAAAAAAACUUUUCAUGAGUUGCGGAUAAAAAAUAACAAUUUUCACUUAAAUUAGGGUAAAAAUGUUAAUACUUGAUAAAAGUGUUAGAGAUCAAAAAAAUUUGGCUAUGUCUUUAUAAUUGCAUAUAAUUAUAAGACUUUAUUAUAUUUUACUUUGAAACAUUAAUCAAUAAAUUUAUAGUGGAUUAGCAAUUUAAACUCACAAAAUCUGUUGUUUUUUUAAUUCUAGUAACUAUAUAUUGUUAAUAUUUUUUUAAAUGAAACUAUAAACAUGUGAGAAGCGUGUCAUGUAACGCUGUUUAUACAACGGGAACGACUUUUAAUAUAUUUGUAUAGAUUGCUAACAUAAUGUUGCAUAAAUAAAUAAAUAAUGAUUUUCAAUUUAAAUCAAUAUCAAUAAGCAUGCUAGAAUAUACAAAAAUUCCCAAGAUAACAAUCUUAACAUAAUUACUUCUCUCCGUAUGCAAAAUAAUUCCGGCAUUACACAUAAAUCUCACCUUUAUGACACAUGAUAACAGUUUUAUGAUCCAAAUUAUUACAGUUAGUCACAUGUCACGUUAGAAAACGAAUAAGUCACGUUUGAAAACCUCGUGACUGCAUGAAAAAUGUUAAAAUCAAAUUUCGUUAAUUUAGCCGUAUGGAAAUUACACUAGCAUACCCCCAGAUUUUAGCAAACUUGGUAUGAAUAUUGGUAGUCUUAAGAGGAGUCUUGAGCAAAGAUUAUGCAAUAAUGUUGAAAGAAAAAAUGGGAGUCUUGGAGCGAGUUUCAUAAUCAAAGACUCCAUCCAAGACUAUGACAUGUUAAGGAGUGAAUUUCUAGCCACUUAAAAAUUGACAUUUGUCCUUUUUUUUUUUUUUGUAAAAUCAAUUUAAAACAUAGUCCGUUAAAAGUUUGAGGGAUUAGUAUAAAAUUAAAAUAAUUAUGAAGUGAGCCUCUAAAAUUAAAAAAUAGUGCAAAAUUGAUGUGGCGCAAUCUGGAAUUUGGAAUUGAGUCUAAAGAAUAAACUCACCUAUGAUUAUGAAUCUGCAUCAUUAUUCAUUUAUUUUAUACACUUCCAAAUGAAAUUUAAAGUUUGUCAACUGUGUAAGAACCUUUACCUCUUAUUCCACCACAACUAGAAACAAAAACGUAAAGUAAAGCAAAAAGAACGUAACUUUUGGCACUAAAUUUCUUAUAAUAAUACAAGAAUAGUAGAAUACCAUAUAGCUAAUGCAUACAAAAUUUACAGUUAGAAUCGAUUAAUACAUGUAUUGAUUCAUCAAUGAAGAUUCUCCCAUUGUGAAACGACAAAUUACGCAUCUCAAUCAAUUUCAUUGCUUUCAAAUGCUUACGUCCAAGAAAGGAAGUAGAUCAGACGAAAUCAUAAUGUGAAAGCAAGCCCUUGUUGUUCCAAUAAUCCAUAACAUAAAAAAAAAGAGAGUAGAUUUUACAACAAAAUAAUCAAUAAAGGAAGGAAAAUAUUACCCCAUCUUUAAGAUCCCAACUAACAUGAAACAUGUAUAUGUGUGUGUAUAUAUAUAAGUUGUUAGAUGAGCUUUUGUAAACUACCCAUCAUAUAUUGUUGUAACAUAUCUUUCAAAAUAAAGAUGGCUUUUAGGAAGCAUAAUUCAGUUGCCCCUGUUGUGUUGCUUAUACUUUUACUGUUUCAUGAUCAAUCAAUAAUGGCAGAUAAUCAUAAGCAUGCAAAUUCAGGUUGCAACAUAUUUGAGGGAAGUUGGGUUGAAGAUUCAAACUACCCUUUAUACGAUUCAUCUGUAUGUCCAUUCUUGAGGACACAGUUUGAUUGCCAGAAGAAUGGUAGGCCUGAUAAACUUUACCUCCACUAUAGAUGGCAGCCUACUGGUUGCAAUCUUACCAGGUUCGAUGCAAAUGAGUUUAUGAGAAAAUAUACAGGAAAGAGGAUAUUAUUUGUGGGUGAUUCUCUUAGUCUUAAUCAGUGGCAAUCUCUCACUUGCAUGCUUCAUGCCAGCAUACCUACAGCUAAAUACAACUUGUUGCAGCAACCACCCAUGUAUUCAUUUGAAUUUCCUGAGUAUAAUCUGACAAUUAAUAUGGAAUGGCAUCAAUUCCUGGUGGACAUAGAUAAGGAAAAGAUAGGUAGAGUGUUGAAGCUUGACUCUAUCAAGGGUGGUGAUGCAUGGAAGGAUUUUGACUUGCUGGUCUUUGAUAGUUGGCACUGGUGGUUCUACAAGUCUCCUCAACAACCAUGGGAUUUCAUCCAAUUGGGAGCUGAUAUACAAAAAGAUAUGGAUCGAAUGGAGGCAUUCAAGAUUGCACUUGGAACUUGGGCAAAAUGGGUCGAUUCUGAGAUUGAUCCUUCCAAGUCCAAAGUCGUUUAUCAAGGCAUCUCACCUUCACACUAUCAUGGUCUUGAUUUUGGGAAACCAGCAGCACAGGAUUGCAAAAAGGAGACACAACCUGUGGCUGGGUCAAAAAGCCCAGUACCUCCAAGCCCAGGAAUAGAGAUAGUGAGAAACAUAUUGGGCCAAAUGAAAAACCCAGCUUUCUUCUUGGAUAUAUCUUUGAUGGCCCAGUUGAGGCCCGAUGCACAUCCUCAGUAUUACAUUAAUCCACAACACACUGGUGGGGAUUGCACCCAUUGGUGCUUAGCUGGCAUUCCAGAUACUUGGAAUUUGCUCCUUUAUGCUUCAUUGUAGUAUAAUUAGAACAUUAAGCUAUACAGGAAUUAUAGCUUUCAUUAUAAUUCUUAAUAGACUUUUUUAUAUUGAUCA